AUGAACUGGCGAUCGCAGGCCGACUUUUGGGCUCCCGAUGACUUCCAGUUCGGCAUUCCAGCAGAUGAGGCGACCCUAUUCCCUUCGAACUUGCCCGGGUUCGAUAAUGUCUCAUUUCAAUUGCCGGAACCCGCGUCCAGCUCGACCGAACCCCCAAUUUCUCGAGAAGCCAACGGAGGGGAAAAUUCGAUGCAGCUGAAUGUGUUGGAGCCGCGGCUUCCGAAAGUCCCAAUACCCCGAGCCACAAACAAAAUAAACGCCGUCACGCCUGGCCGAGCGAAACAGGCGUGCCGGUCUUGCCGACAACAGAAGGCGAAGUGUAGUGGUCACAGGCCUGAAUGUCGUAGAUGCGAAGAGAAUUCCUUUCCCUGCGUCUAUGAAGAUCGCACACGGUUCAAGAUGACCAAACAACUCGACAAUCUUGCAAACCAAGUUCAAACCUACGAAUCUCUUUUACGAGAAAUCUAUCCCAAGCUUGGCUUUGAAGUUGCCAACAGCGUUGAUCAUGUUUUCGGCUCCAAAUUUCGUGAUCAUCGCCCCCUGGACAAAGAUAUCCUUUCAUCAUCCAAACAUCCAGCUCACGUAUUUCAUGAAACUGAUUACCAUGAUGGCUCCGACGCGUCUUUUCCCGCCGUUGUUGCUGACUGCACCACUGAAGAUUACAAUCAGAAGAGGGAAAACCAGGCGAUGGAAUAUGUGGGAGACCACUCAGUGAUGAAGUGGCUGUACGGACUGAAGUGUCAUCUUAAUGAUACUAACCGAAACUCUAAUGUCCAAGACGAUUCUUACGAUAAUUUUGUCCGAGGCGAACUUUCUUCUAUGGACUAUUAUUUGGAUGACGUGAAGCUUCAGUUCCCAGAGGAUGUGGACAUCUCUCGACGGCCCUCACAAGCAAUUGCCGACCACCUUAUUUCGGCUUAUUUUGGCGUUACGCAUCUGUCGCAGCAGGGCAGCCUUGUGCGAUGA